UCUUUUUUUCUCCACAUCGGUAGAAAUUUGUAUCUUCUGUAAGUGGUAGUGAUAUCCUCGGCCAAAUCAAGUUCAACAUGCAGAACGGUGGAAAGCUCCCAUACAAAGUCGCGGACAUCAGCCUUGCUGACUGGGGUCGUAAAGAAAUUAUCCUCGCUGAGAAUGAAAUGCCUGGUUUGAUGGAAAUGAGGAAGCGGUAUGGCCCCAAGAAGCCCCUGAAGGGAGCCAAAAUCGCAGGUUGUCUUCACAUGACAAUCCAGACAGCUGUUCUUAUUGAGACUUUGACUGAACUGGGUGCUGAGGUUCAGUGGUCAUCAUGCAACAUCUUCUCUACCCAAGACCAUGCUGCCGCUGCUAUUGCCAAGACUGGUGUUCCAGUAUACGCCUGGAAAGGACUGACUGACGAGGAGUAUGUCUGGUGCAUAGAACAGACACUGGUCUUCGCUGAUGGAGAGCCUCUCAACAUGAUCCUUGAUGAUGGUGGUGAUCUGACCAACCUUGUUCAUGAAAAAUACCCACAGUACUUGAAAGGUAUCAAGGGUCUUUCUGAAGAGACCACAACUGGAGUUCAUAACUUGUACAAAAUGAUGGAGAAAGGUCAACUGAAGGUUCCUGCCAUCAACAUCAAUGACUCUGUCACGAAGACCAAAUUUGACAACCUCUAUGGAAUUCGUGAAUCUCUUGUUGAUGGUCUCAAGAGAGCAACAGACAUUAUGCUUGCUGGCAAAGUUUGUGUUGUUGCUGGAUACGGCGAUGUUGGCAAGGGAUCAGUGCAGUCCUUGAGGGGCUUUGGUGCUCGUGUUCUGGUCACCGAAAUUGAUCCAAUCAAUGCUCUGCAAGCUGCCAUGGAAGGGUAUGAAGUUGUCACCAUGGAAGAAGCUGCCUCCAAGGGACAGAUCUUUGUCACAUCAACAGGAUGCAGUGGAAUCAUCACCUCGGAACACUUCAUGAAGAUGAAGGAUGAUUCCAUCAUCUGCAAUGUUGGCCAUUUUGAUUGUGAAAUUGACGUUGCAUGGCUCAAUGACACUUGCAAAAAAGACUCCAUAAAACCACAGGUUGACCGCUAUACCCUCCCCAAUGGCCGUCAUGUCAUUCUGCUUGCUGAAGGUCGCCUGGUUAAUCUUGGCUGUGCUAUGGGACAUCCAUCAUUUGUCAUGAGCAAUUCUUUCACCAACCAGGUCUUGGCUCAAAUUGAACUUUGGACAAAGACGAAGGAUUACCCCCUUGGUGUAUACAUGCUUCCCAAAAAGCUUGACGAGGAAGUUGCCAGGCUUCAUUUGGACCAUCUUGGAGUUAAGAUUACCACGCUAACAGACAAGCAGGCAGGAUAUCUGGGAAUCCCCACAGAAGGACCUUACAAACCAGCUCACUACCGCUACUAAAUACUCGGCUAAGGACAAAAUCGGUAUAAUACAUGUAGGGAACCUUAAAACUUAUCGGAAUCCAACAAAUUACCUAUACGUGUACUACUAGCAUACGUGUGGAGAGGAACGUUUAUGUCAAGCACUUAGUAAAGUGGUGCUAUUUAUUAUUGUUUUUGCUAAAUAAACAUAUAAGUUCAAAUGUA